AAACCAACGCACUGGGAGAAAGAUGGCGCUCCUAGUCCGAUGAUGCCCAACGAAGCUCGUCUUCGUAACCUGACGUACUCGUCCCCCCUUUAUGUCGACAUCACUAAAAAAGUCAUUAGGGAUGGGCAAGAACCAGUCGUUACAAAUCAUCAGAAAACUUUCUUGGUUAGGAAGAGUAAAAUCCCCAUAAUUUUGCGAUCCACGUACUGUUUGCUUAGUGGAUUGACAGAUCGUGAUUUGACAGAAUUGAACGAAUGUCCACUUGACCCUGGGGGCUAUUUCAUCAUCAAUGAUACCGAAAAAGUU